GCCGCAGAAGAAGAACUCACUGUUUGUUGUUGACAUUAGCAGGAGGUGACAGAACAGACUGUCCUGUGUGCAGUAUGGCUCAAACUUUCAGUCUAUGAUUUAUAAGAUCAGCUGACAGGGAGCCAUGGGCGCAUUAGCUUGUCUUUCUGUGCUGUGCUCGUUGUGGCUUUGCCCGCUGGCGUCCAGCGAACAGGUGGCAUUUGUAGAGGCGUUUCUGGAAGACCAUCAGCAUGUUUUACAGGGUGAGGUGGUCCAGGGGAGUCUGGAGAACGACCCUAUGGAAAACCACAGCAAAAACAAACAUGAUCUCAAAGGAGACCUCAUAUUAAUAAAAGACGAAGCUAUUAAACCCAACAGUGAAAGCAGUGAUGGAAAGGAUCCGAACCCCUGGAUUGGAGUGGUACCUGUCCAGAUGGAGGAAGGUACAGUUUCCAGUAACAGCAACCAGGAGUCGUUUGCUGCCUCUGUGGUCAAUAAGAUGAAGCGUGCUCUUGUUUUGGGUGCAUCUGCUUUGAUUAUACUGGCUUUAAACCAGAAAACUGUCCGAGAGAUGGAUCUCUCUCAGGUCCUCUCAAAGCCAAUCAUUAUCAUUCAGACAUCAGAAAAUGUCACUAAGCUCAUCGGAGCACUCCUCAGAGGCCUUCAUGCAACGGCAAAAAUCACUUAUAAGUCUUUUCUACAGGACAGUCUGGUAAGAUUUUCAUCUGUCCAGAAAUAUCUUCAGCAGCUCUGGAACACUGUUGUUCUGGUGGCCCUGGUCCUCUCCACAGGGGUCAUAGUUAAUGCACGCUGGCAGUACCAGGACAACCAAUUUAAUGAUGAUUUGGAGUCAGACCUAAAGCAAGACAUUUUAAGGAGAUUAUCAGCACUGAAGACGAGGAUAUACCGGCAACCCAAAGUGAGAUGUGACCCAACACAAACUCAACCUGUGGAGACAGAUAGUUGUGCAGUUUGUCUGGAGCAGUACAACAACAACCAGUGUUUGAGGGUGUUACCGUGCCUCCAUGAAUUCCAUAGAGAUUGCGUGGAUCCCUGGCUACUCCUCCAGCAGACCUGUCCUCUCUGCAAACGUAGCGUGCUUGGUAAUUUUUAUUGAGCUGGACCAAGAAGGAUUCUGGACUAGGGAUUUGUGGAAUUGGAUUGACUCUUCCGAUUCAGACUUUUCAUGGCAACUAAACCCCUCAUCUGUACUGUAAGGUCAGAAUACCACCAUGGUAAUGAUUUUUGACCUCUCCAAAGACUAUAAACCUUGUGUUCUUGACUCCAAGAUUCUGGACUAGUUCCUGAUCUUGGGUCAAACCACUUGAGAAGUUUUUUGAAGGUAGGUCCUUCUACAUGGGAUCAAUUAAUUUGCGCACAGUUGACUACUUCAGUUACGUUUGCUGAACCGGCUCAAAAAUUCACAGAUACACGGAUUGUGAAGUCAUAUACACAGCAAAAAACAAAAGUAAUAUUUCAGAUCUCUUCAAAUUAAGGAAGAAUCAUACACCUAAAAGUCUCAAAUUUUUGUUUAAACAAGGGUAGGCAUGAAGUUAGGAUAAAGUCCUUUAAGAAAAUAUAAGAAAUAGUAUUCAAGCACUGCAUAAGAAAUCUGUCAGUAGAAUAUAACUCAACAUUUUCCUCUAAUAUGAGACCAGGGCUGGUGCCCAACCUGGCCGUUUCACCAAAAAAAGAUGCUGUUCUUGGCUGGUGUAGGUCCUAACCUUGAAGAUGUGAUCUUGAUAUCUUUUGAGAACAUACAAAAUGCUUCUGGCAAGACCUUUAAGCAGAAACAUUAUCAUUACAUUUGUUUUUGGAAUGGUUGUGUGGUAUGGAGCCCCACAUGUCAUGCAGAAAAAAAAAUACUGUGUCCAUGAUUUAUUAAUUUAUUCUUAAUUUUUUUAUUUUUAAGUUAAUGGCUACAAUAUCUUAUUUUUUCCCCCUGCAUGUCAAGUUUGGGGCUCCGUAGUGUAGUGCCAUUGUAAGUUCGCCAUUGUUUGGCUUUGACGGCUAAAUCUCCAUACAAAGAGCUGCAAGGAUGCCCUGUGCCUUCUUGCUGCACAGAGAGCGACUUUUACUAUUAUUGUCGCUUUUAAAGAUCAUUUACAGGGACUAUGAGUACAUUUACAUGCAUUUUAGAAGUUCAGUUUCUUUUCAUUUUAGUUUUGAAUUGUCUUUUUGAAAUGUCAUGUAAAUGCUUUCGUCUGAAAUCAUGCCAGUCAGGUUUUUGCGUAGUUGGACUAAUGAAACUACACUACCAUUCAAAAGUUUUUCAAUAAGCAAUUAAUACUUUUAUUCA